AUGGGUGCCCAGGAAGAGGAUACCAAGUCCAGCACCAUGGGCGGUGUACUACCAGUGGUGGAAGUAGCAUCGCUGGUAGAAAAGGCGAAGUUCUACACCUCACUCUGCCUGGGCACCACAGCGAUCCUCGCGGUUUUCGCCUUCCUAUUUUUGAUCCCUUUUGUGGUCGAGCCAGCGAUAUCAACGAUCCUGGCCGAUUUUUCUCCUCACGCCGUAGCCUGCGUUGUCACCGACCACGUUUACGCUGAGGGACUGAAGAAUUGCUCUUGGGCGAGCUGUAGAGAAGGUUGCACCAGUGCGGCCCUUCGCUGCCACCAGAUCAGAGUGAACUACACGAGGCUGUCAUUCGAGGAAUUUAUGGCGAAACCUCUCGGCUCCAUACCCUGGGACGUGCCAGACACGAAGUUCUUCGUGAACACGGAAGGCUGCGGCUAUCCGCCGCGGGUCAACUGUUCGGACUUCUCGAAGAAAUACGGAUACUCGAACAUUGGGAAGAUAUUCCCCUGUUAUUACAGCCGAACACACCCCGAGACUGUCGUCGCGAGGUAUUCCUGGGACGAGAAUUUAAGGCAUCUUGUACUAGCCUUGGUGGUGCCUAUAGUUCUAUUCAUAGUGUCAUUGGUUGUACUGUGCUACUGGUACUGUCCACCUGUGGGCAAGAGCUGCGGAGGACCAGGCCGUAACCUGAUUGACAAAUACGCCAGAAAGGAAGAUAUCCUGGGAGAGGACGAGUUCGAAGAGGAUGAGGAAGAGUACUGACUGCUGCCAAGGGCUCACCCCCCUGCGCGGGAGUGACGCCGAAAAAAUUAUUGAAUGUCUCCAGCGUACACACUUACGUU